UACAGCAAGAAGAAGUAUGUGUGCAAGCUGCUCUUCAUCUUCCUGCUGGGCCACGACAUCGACUUUGGGCACAUGGAGGCCGUGAACCUGCUCAGCUCCAACAGAUACACCGAGAAGCAGAUCAAAGUGAAAAAAUACCCUAGAUGCCCCAGGAGUUCUGUUAAGUAUUGGUAUUUACUCAACAGGAAUUUAUCGAGUGUCUGCCACGGACCCAGCAGUGUGCUGGGGGUCCCUGGGGACUUACGACCAUAAGCAGAUGUGGACCCUGCUCUGUUCCAGGGGGGAGAUGGCAUCAGACAGCCCUGUACACAGAGAAUAGAGCUGUGGGCAGUGCCCAGUGAAAGAGGCGUGUAGAACCCUCCAGACCCUGAGAAGCGGGUGGCUAAUAGGGAGGGCUUCCGGGGCGCAUCCUGAGCUGAGACUGAGGCCAAGGGGUGCACCGGGGGCCAGGGCAGACAGAGCCGCAGCACCCAGUCAAGGCGCGUACGCGGAAGGGAAGGCGGUGAGCUCCUCCUGAGACCGACGGGGGCUGAGAGGUCAGCGUGUCCCUGCGUGGGAGGGCGUGGACAGCGGGGGUGACAAGGGGCUGGAGUUUGGCCUGGUGGUAAGCGGAAGCUGGGGCCUGGAGACAGAGUGGAGAGAGGGGACAGCGGCAGUCAGCCAGGUUGCUGGAAAUCGCCGUAGUGGCCCCGUUCCAGCUGAGGCGGGGCCUUUCCAUCCUGUUCAGGCCGUGCUGAGCACAGGUGCCCAUGGAUGGGUGAGUGGGAUGGGGGCACCAAGGUGUCUGAUGCCGCUGGGGACAGUGCCUCUUAGGUUCGUCCCACAGAAUCGUUCACAGCGGAAUCCGGGGACAGAACUGGCAUUUUCAGCAGAAGGCAGCUGGUCCUCCGUGGCCUGACGGCCGCAGCGCCCCGAGCAGAUGAGAUGGGCUACCUGUUCAUCUCGGUGCUGGUGAACUCCAACUCGGAGCUGAUCCGCCUGGUCAACAACGCCGUCAAGAACGACUUGGGCAGCCGCAACCCCACCUUCACGGGCCUGGCCCUGCACUGCAUCGCCAACGUGGGCAGCCGGGAGAUGGCCGAGGCGUUCGCGGGGGAGAUCCCUAAAAUCCUCGUAGCCGGAGACGCCAUGGACAGCGUGAAGCAGAGCGCCGCCCUGUGCCUGCUGCGCUUGCACAGGACGUCUCCCGACCUCGUCCCCAUGGGCGACUGGACGUCCCGCGUGGUGCACCUCCUCAACGACCAGCAUUUGGGUGUGGUGACUGCCGCCGCCAGCCUCAUCACCACCUUAGCACAGAAGAACCCGGAAGAGUUUAAAACCUCUGUGUCUCUGGCUGUCUCCAGGUUAAGCAGAGUCGUGACGUCGGCCUCCACAGAUCUCCAGGAUUACACGUACUAUUUCGUCCCGGCUCCCUGGCUAUCAGUCAAACUUCUGAGGCUGCUGCAGUGCUACCCGCCCCCAGAAGACCCUGCAGUGCGAGGCCGCCUGACCGAGUGCCUGGAGACGAUUCUGAACAAAGCCCAGGAGCCGCCCAAGUCCAAGAAGGUGCAGCACUCCAACGCCAAGAACGCCGUGCUCUUCGAGGCCAUCAGCCUUAUCAUCCACCACGACAGCGAGCCAAACCUGCUGGUCCGCGCCUGUAACCAGCUGGGCCAGUUCCUGCAGCACCGGGAGACCAACCUGCGCUACCUGGCCCUGGAGAGCAUGUGCACGCUGGCCAGCUCCGAGUUCUCCCACGAGGCUGUGAAGACACACAUUGAGACGGUCAUCAAUGCCCUGAAGACGGAACGGGACGUGAGCGUGCGGCAGCGGGCCGUGGACCUCCUCUACGCCAUGUGCGACCGCAGCAAUGCCCAGCAGAUCGUGGCCGAGAUGCUGAGCUACUUGGAGACGGCCGACUACUCUAUCCGAGAGGAGAUUGUGCUGAAGGUCGCCAUCCUGGCGGAGAAGUACGCCGUGGACUACACGUGGUACGUGGACACCAUCCUGAACCUGAUCCGCAUCGCUGGAGACUACGUGAGCGAGGAGGUGUGGUACCGCGUCAUCCAGAUCGUCGUCAACCGGGACGACGUGCAGGGCUACGCCGCCAAGACGGUGUUUGAGGCGCUGCAGGCCCCAGCGUGCCACGAGAACCUGGUCAAAGUCGGUGGCUACAUCCUAGGGGAGUUUGGGAAUUUGAUAGCAGGAGACCCGAGAUCCAGCCCCCUGACCCAGUUUCACCUGCUGCACUCCAAGUUCCACCUGUGCAGCGUCCCCACCAGGGCGCUCCUCCUGUCCACUUACAUCAAGUUCGUGAACCUCUUCCCGGAGGUGAAGGGCACCAUCCAGGACGUGCUGCGCAGUGACAGCCAGCUGAAGAAUGCUGACGUGGAGCUGCAGCAGCGCGCCGUCGAGUACCUGCGGCUCAGCACUGUCGCCAGCACCGACAUCCUGGCGACUGUCCUGGAGGAGAUGCCUCCGUUUCCAGAACGUGAGUCUUCUAUCCUGGCCAAGCUCAAGAAGAAGAAGGGCCCCAGCACGGUGACCGACCUGGAGGAGGCCAAGCGGGAGAGGAGCGCCGACGUCAACGGGGGCCCCGAGCCCGCCCCGGCCAGUGCCAGCGCUGCGUCCACGCCUUCUCCGUCGGCAGACCUACUGGGGCUGGGGGCUGCGCCCCCCGUCCCCACGGGACCUCCACCCUCCUCCGGCGGGCUGCUCGUGGACGUUUUCUCAGACUCACCCUCCGCGGUCGCUCCCCUGGCUCCCGGCUCCGAGGACAACUUCGCCAGGUUUGUCUGUAAAAAUAAUGGUGUGUUGUUUGAAAACCAGCUUCUUCAGAUUGGACUGAAGUCUGAGUUUCGGCAGAAUUUAGGCCGGAUGUUCAUAUUUUACGGUAAUAAGACCUCCACGCAGUUCCUGAGCUUUACUCCUACGCUCAUCUGUUCGGACGACCUCCAGGCCAAUCUGAGCCUGCAGACCAAGCCUGUGGACCCCACCGUGGACGGGGGCGCGCAGGUGCAGCAGGCUGUCAACAUAGAGUGCGUGUCCGACUUCACCGAGGCGCCCGUCCUCAACAUCCAGUUCAGGUAUGGGGGAACCUUUCAGAAUGUGUCUGUGAAGCUGCCUAUCACACUCAACAAGUUUUUCCAGCCCACGGAGAUGGCUUCUCAGGAUUUCUUCCAGCGCUGGAAGCAGCUGAGCAAAUGUACCGACUCACGCUGCGGACGAGUAGAGAAACCGUCUCUCAGAGAUUGUGUGAAUUGCUUUCGGAACAGUUUUAAUCAACAAGGACGGAGGGUCAGGCUCCUGUGUCUGCGUUUUUCUUCAUCUCCACUGUCGUCUUCGUUGCCAUGCCGCAAGUGCACGCCCUGUGUAGUGUUGCAGCCCCGGGUGCCUCCCAGCCCUGCUUCUCUGGCCUCGUCCCUUGUGGGGAUGGAUGGGAGCCUGUGUGCCGUCGAGGAAGAAGAGGCUCAGCCUGGACCCAGCCGUCCUGCCAAGUCAGGAGGAGAGGGGCGUGGAUCCCGGGAUUAACUCUUAUAGAAAUCAAGACAGUUCUGUGGCUAAGUCUACAAAUUAAAGGGAAUUGAGAAGUUUGAAUGAAAA